CAGAUAAGAUGCGGUGAAGCUGGCUGGACUUGUGUGGGAAGGCCCUGAGGUUAAGGGUAUUGAAGGCCAGGCUGGGGUUGGUGGAGCCAGUGUUGGUCUGUGUGGGUGUUGAGCACUACCCAACAAGAUGUCUUCCUCUGGUGAUGAUGACAAUUGCGAUCAAACUAGAUCCUGACAAGUGUUCAAUCCUCACCUCCAACAACACCCUGCAUAGAGGGAGGCAGUCAUGGGAGAGUGGCAGUUAUCUCAUCAAACGCCCAUUUGUUCAAAGGGCAACAAAGCACAGUUCCACCAGAUCAGUGUCAACAGGGGCACCAGGCAAGACACAUUAUUUCACCCUCACCAUUUUUUGUGGCUUCAGGCUGUGUGGUGUGGCCCGGUCCUUAGGUGUAGCAGGCAUGGGGGUGGAAGACCUCAACACCACCAGUAAAGGGAGUGUUUCUGUGACACACCCAUCCCCUGACACCACACACAACACUGACCAGGAGGGAAACACUGAGGAUAUGCCACUCAUUGGUGUGCCCAGUGGUGCCAUGUGCCUGACGUGUGGGAGUGCCGGAGCCUGUGUCAGCGUGUACAGCCGGGUGGACAACGCAGAGCCGCUGCUCAGCCUGCUGGGCCACACGCUGCGGCGGCCGGUGGGGGACCUCGCCCUGCACAGCGAUGUGGUGUGUGACCGAUGUCACACACACUUCCGACUCAUGCACCGCCUCAUGGCCAGAUUGGCCCGGCUGGCCCGGCAGACCACGCUGGGAUUUAACCGCACAGCUCGCUGGUUUGCCAGGCAGCAGAAGCAGCAGCAGCAGCAGCAGGAGCAAGAGCAGGAGCAGGAGCAGGAGGAAGAGCAGGAUGAGAAGUGCCUGCUGGUGGUGGAAGGGUCUGUGGUUGAUGGCAGUGCAGGUGGCAUUGUGGGCCGGGCACUGGCCAUGGCUGGCAGUGCUGGGGCUAGGCAAGCCAGGCCAAGGGGCAGCAGCAAUGCAGAGCGUAAGUUUGAGUGUCCUGUGUGUAGCAAGAAGUUUGUGGCGUACAGCCACCGCGUGGAACACAUGCUGGUGCACACCGGGGAGCGCGCCUUCCAUUGCAGCGACUGUGGCUUCCAGGCGUCCACCAAGUCCAACCUGGCCCGGCACCGGCAGCGCCACAGCCAGGAGAGCCGCUGCCACCUGUGUGACAAAACUCUGGCCAACAAGUUCUCCCUCAAGGAGCACCUGCGGAUCCAUGGCACGGAGCGGCCACACCGCUGCAGCCAGUGUGGCAAGGCCUUCCUGCGGCGCCGAGAACUGCGCGUGCAUGAGCGCGGGCAUGGCGUUGGGGAGGCACCACACCACCAGUGCCCUGAGUGUCACAAGACCUUUGCACUGCGGUCCCGCCUGGCACGCCACGCACUGGUGCACCGUCAGGACAAGCAGUUUGUAUGCAGCAUCUGCAAGAAGGAAUUUUGCCGCAAGGACGACCUGAAGUGCCAUGAGCGCGUCCACACCGGGGAGAAGCCGUACUCGUGCCACCACUGCGGCCGCACCUUUCGCUACGCCUCAAACUGCCGCAGCCACAUGCGCGUGCACCAGCGUCGAGGCCUCACCUGCCACCUUUGCAACAUGACUUUCCCCACGCAGGGCAAAUAUGCCACACACCUGAAGUCGCGCAACCACCGGCGGCGGUGUGAGGCGGAGGUGGAGGCUGAGGUGGACAAGGGCGUGCCUGAGAUGAGCUGUGGCGUGUGUAGCACGACUUUUGAGAGUCUGGACCAGCUGUCGGCUCACACCCUGGCCUCACACAUCACCACUCCAAUGCUGCCUGACGCCACCGCUGCUGACGCCAGCAUCAUCAUCUCCGGCAUGGAUGGUGAGCGGGUGGUGUCGUUCAGCCAGCUGGAGGGUGUCAGUGUGGUGGUGGAGGUGGACAGAGAUGCAACACCCUUACCUAUGCCCCUCCCACACCCAUCCCCACCCUCCACUGCCCUCCUAGCCACUGAUGAGGAGCCACCCCCUCCCUCUCCUGCACUCCUGCCCUUCACUCAGGUGGGGGAGGGGGUAGGGGGCACCAUCUUGGCUUCCCUGACAGAUGGUGAUGAAAUGGUGGUGUGUACAGGGGAAGAGGAGGAGAUGGGGCUGGUCAACACCGUACCAUCACCACAACCACAACCACAUCCACCACCACAGCAUACAGCAAUGCCAGCACCAUCACCACCACAAUCCCACCACCACUACAACAACAGACAGUCACCAUUCUCAACCCCACAACUGUUUUCAAGCUGGCUGACUGGGAUCCCAAUGAAUGAGUGUGUGUGUGUGUGUGUGUGUGUGUGUGUGUGUGUGUGUGUGUGUGUGUGUGUGUGUGUGUGUGUGUGUGUGUGUGUGUGUGUGUGUGUGUGUGUGUGUGUGUGUGUGUGUGUGUGUGUGUGUGUGUGUGUGUGUGUGUGUGUGUGUGUGUGUGUGUGUGUGUGUGUGUGUGUGUGUGUGUGUGUGUGUGUGGCUCUGGGCCACCUCAUGAGAGAGUAUAACUACUGUUACAACGCUUGUCAUCACAGCCUCCACAGGAACUUGAUCAUUUACCACAGCGGCUGUCCAGGUGACAUGACACAGGAAAACGAAGGUGUAGAUCCAUUGGCUAGUGAAGAGUGGGCCAAACACAACAAGUCGGAUUGGACUUUCACUGACUGGCUCAUCACCGAGGCAAUCAUAGUCCGCCUAUCCACCUGUGAUUUACACCAGCACCAGAAGUUCCCGCUUGCAGCUACCCACAGCAUUGCCAUUCACACAGCAGUGCCAGUCACGCACAUUGCCAUCCACACAGCAUUGCCAUUCACACAGCAUUGCCACUCACACAGUAUUGGCACUGCCAACUUUGCAACUCACACCAAAGAUUCCCCAAGUCCAAGGUGCCUGUGGCAUUUUGCCUCUGUCAGUUGGGGAAACCUGAAGAGAUAA